AUGGAAAUUGUGUGUUUUCACCUCAGCGGAUUACGGAAAUCUGGCGGCAAGGGCAAGAAACAAGAAAAAGAAAAUCUAAGAGGCUCUCUGGAUAGCAGAGGUUCCCGAGAACUGUUGGAAGACUCUGGCAACAAUCUAUCUGCCUCGGAUUCAGAUUCCCCUGUUCCUACUUGCAUGCCUUUCUCUUGGUUUGGAGACAGCCACAAAGAGCCUCAGAUUUCUAGUAGCAGCCUGCAUGUUACUCAGAGCGGGCAGGACAGUUGCGAUCACAGCCAAGAGAAGAACAGAAGCAAGAGUAGAAUUGUCAUAGAUGAUACAUACCAUAGCAAGCCAAGUUGUGAACUUUCAGGGUUAGUGACAGAACCAAAUCUGUCAGGUCGUUCACACACUUUAACCUUCUCUUCAAAUGAGGCAUUAGAUGAUGAAUUUACAACAGGAAAGCAAAAUCAGUGGCACAGUAGACCUAUUUCUGAAUGGACCACCCAGCAAGUAUGCCACUGGUUAAUGGGGAUGAACAUGGAGCAGUAUAUUACGGAGUUCACAGCCAUGAACAUUGAUGGUCAGCAGCUAAUGCAGCUCGACAGUGACAAGCUGAAGGCUUUGGGAGUUUCCAGUCAAAAUGACCGCUCAACAAUAAAGAAGAAAAUUAAGGAUAUUAGAAAAACCCAAGAAAAACUGGAAAAGCAGAAGGAGAAGGUUCAGAAGAAGGAGAGAGAAGUUCGCAAGACUGGCAGAGUGGUCACCACUCUUGAAUCAAGCUGCUAAAAUGACCCUGUUCUAUUUUAGCACAGACUUGCUUCAUCUUGAGGAAGUACAGCAGAUUUGUAUAUAAUUGUACAAUUGAGGGAGGAGGGAAAGUGCAACAGUUUAACAUGGUAGGUGGUUUUUUACUUUUUAAUUAUGGUCCCUCCCCAUUACAACCCAAUAAAAUGAAAUGAUGUUUUCAGUACUUUUAUUCCUAGUUGACUCUGCCUGUACUAAUAGACAAUAAUUGGACUUUCUGCCUUAAGUAAUAGCUGUGCUUCUAAGACCUCAUAUGCCCUUUUCAUUGAAAUUGAUGUUUGUGAAAAGUAGAAUGCUGUAUUAAAAGUCACUCCACUAUUAGUCAACUAGCGUUUGGUAAGAGUUGAAUCUGAUAGAGGGACAAGAGAGAAAUCCUGCCAACAAAAUCAGUCUGUGACGGUCUGUUUAUCUGUUGCCACUAAAGAUGUAUAGUAAAAAUUAAGUUUAAGAAAACAGUAAUGUCACAUUAAUUUAAAAAGAAAGCAUGUAUUUCAAAUUUAUGGGUUAUUUUGUUUAAAUUCUUAUUUCUGGGAUUUUCAUUCAAAGUUCACUGUAAUAGCACGUUUUUGAAUUUUAUUGUUGCAAUUUACUGAGAAAUAACAAAUACUAAGUAGUUUUCACAAACUACAUACACUAAGCAUAAUAAGUUUUCUGUACACUACCCAUAUGGUGUUGGGACAAGGUUUAAACCUAUAAAUAAGAUUUUUUUAACCUAUUUUUCCUAAAUAAUACAUAGUUUUAUAGAUUUAUGCUAUGAAUAAGAUCAAUUUGCAAUACAUGUAUUUCUCUUUUCUACCUGCUACAAGAUUUUUGCGGACCAAAUUUAUAUAUUUGCUAAUUUUAAACUAUACUGUUUUUCAAACUUAAGAUACUGAGGGAAGAAUUGUAGGAAAAAUUAUCACUGAAGCACUGGGUUUCUGCAUUGUAUUUAAAUGUUCAAUUGUAGACUGCAGAUUGUUUCUCUUUAAAGGAGGAUUUGAUUCUCAGAAUAGUUUAGAACAUGAAUUGGGUGUUUUGUAUAUUUACAUGCUACUUUCUACAGAUACUUCAACAGCACUUCCUUUAAAUAGAUUAUCCCAGCAGCAUAGGCUAGUUUAAAUAGCGAUUCCAGUAUAGAAUGGACUAGAACAAAACUUACGUAAUUAGUUUAUGUCAGCCAAGUUCUCCUUUAAAUCUAUGGACUCUUUUUAAUUAAAUGAACGAACUUCACUGUUGGUGUUCACAGUUGUUGCUUUUUGUACAAAUGUCUUAGGACUUUCAGCAAAAGGACUGUGUGGAAAUGCUUCUGCACACUAUGCACUUCCAAAAUAAAGUUUGAAAAUCUUGGUAAUAAUUACUUUUAAAAAGA